CCAAUUCAAGUAAAACCACCAAUAAACUCGCUCUCUCUCUCUCUCUCUCUCGUGGCUCAAAGAGGAAGAAGCUGAGAGCAAAGAGAAUGGAGAGAAACUCUAAAAUCCACUCUUCUCUUCUUCUUUUCUGUUUAUGUAUCUUGUCAGCCCUAGUUCAAAUCCAGGGAAGGAAGCAAGGAGAUGUUCUUGAUUCUCUGUACAAAGCGAAGUCGGAGAAAUCAAGGAUCGACACGAGCCUUUUUCAGGCAACCGAUCACCAUGGAAUUCUCAACUCAAGAAUUUAUAGUCAAGAAGGGCUGAGGGAGAAAGAUAGGAUCAAAAGGUUGCCUGGACAACCGUCGGUCAAAUUUGAUCACUACGGCGGAUAUGUCACCGUAAAUGAAUCGGCCGGUCGAGCAUUUUAUUAUUAUUUUGCUGAAGGGGUGAGAAAUAAGGAGUCGAUGCCGCUUCUUCUAUGGCUUAACGGAGGUCCCGGUUGCUCCUCCCUCGGCUAUGGAGCAAUGCAGGAACUCGGACCAUUCCGAGUCCACAGCGACGGGAAGACUCUUUACAAAAAUAAAUUUGCAUGGAAUAAUGCUGCGAACGUGUUGUUCCUAGAGUCUCCGGCUGGCGUCGGUUUUUCUUACUCUAACACGACGGCGGACUAUAGCUCGAGCGGAGACAGCGAAACAGCCGCGGACAAUUAUGUAUUCUUGCUAAAUUGGCUGGAGAGGUUUCCCGAGUAUAAGGACCGGGAUUUUUACAUUUCAGGCGAGAGCUACGCGGGUCAUUACGUGCCUCAGCUCGCUCACAACAUCCUAUCCAACAACAAGAGGGCGAACAAGACCCUUAUCAACCUCAAAGGGAUUAUAAUUGGAAAUGCAGUAAUCAACGACGAGACGGACCAGCGUGGGAUGUACGAGUACUUUGCUACGCAUGCAUUGAUAUCGGAUGAAACAGGGUUUGCGAUUCAAAAAUAUUGUGACUUCUCACCAAAUGCCACCAGUCAAGUAAGCCAGUGCCUUUCGGCCGCGCAGGAUGCGAGUGACGACGUUUCUGCCUUGGACAUUUACAAUAUCUACGCCCCUUUGUGCUUCUCUUCCAACCUUACAUCUCAUCCCAAGAAGACCAACAUCAUGGACUUAGACCCGUGUGGCGAUAUCUACGUGCAAGCGUACAUGAAUAGAGAAGAUGUGCAAGAGGAGCUUCAUGCUAACGUGACGAAGCUCGAUCACGACUGGGAAGGGUGCAGCAAUGUAAUCCAGGCCUGGGUAGAUAGCCCUUCCACCGUCCUCCCUCUCCUCCGGGAAUUCAUGUCCAGUGGACUCCGUGUUUGGGUGAUCAGUGGCGAUACGGAUGGAAGAGUGCCGGUGACUUCGACCAGGAGAUCCCUUAGCAAGAUGAAACUCCCGACGAAGAGUCCAUGGCGUCCUUGGUUCCUUGGGGGCGAGGUCGGAGGGUACGUGCAAGUGUACAAGGGAGACUUGACGUUUGCGACCGUGCGAGGAGCGGGGCAUCAGGUGCCAAGCUAUCAGCCCAAGAGAGCUCUCUCUCUCAUCUCCCACUUCCUUGCCGGCUCUCCACUCCCGUGGCAAUAGACACUUCAAGUGCUUGAAGAUGAUGAUACAAUGCUUGGGGACACAUGUAAUUGUUCAGUUAUUUACGAUUUGUACAACUCGAUUGAUUCUUGUUUAAUAAAGAAGUUGGUGCAGAGAAGAA